CAUUCUUUCGAAAGGACUUACCAGAGUACCUGUUGGAAUUUGGGUUGUUUGACGCGCUGGAUCGCUAUAAAAUCGGACUUUUACGACAUUUGCCUCAUCAUCAGGGCUGGGAUAAUACGAGGGAGGAUUUGGACUGAGACGGAAUCAUCAUUGCGUGAAAAGAAAUCAUCAUCUGCGAAGGAACCGAGUCAUAGGAGCAAGGAAGAGCAAGAUCAAAGUGGAAGCAAAGUCAGUUCCAAGAAAAGGGAGACCGAUCCGGAAACGAUAGGGAACCAAGGUCUGCGUCUUGGUCAAGAUACCCGACUCAUAAUCAGUCGUCAACAUGGGAAAACUCAUCAAGAACCACUGGGCGAGACUCAUUAUCCUGGCUGCUGGAACUUACCAAGUCGCAGCCGCACUCGAGGGAUUCUUCUGGCCCAAGAUCUUUUGGGAUUUCCUCACAAAAACACUAGACGCCGCCGUCAAGCCGAUACCGAUUCUGCAAAUCAUCAACCUCGUCUUCGGACUCCUGCUCAUCGCUUGGGAGUGGCCGCUUGGUUUCAUCGCCGGAUCCAGCUUUCACCGCAGUCUUGAGGCCCGCCUGGCCGUCCUUCCGCUUACCGCCCUGGCCGCCGCCCUCAUCUACCAAGGGACCAACGCCGCUAUUUAUCAGGUGAUUGGGCUGGCCGUGUACUUUUGGGCAUACAGCGAGGGAGAGAUGAUUUGCGCAAAGCCUUGGACAUUACCACAGCGUGGUGGCAAGACUGGACGUGUAUGAUAUCCAUGAUGCUACAUCUCAGCAUCCUGUGACGAACGAUACGACUCUGUACAACCUGCUUAUCGGACCAACUCAAACACCCAUCAUCAUCACCUUUUGGCAAAAACGACGACAUCAUCAUACGCGACUUCCGAAGGAAAAAAAAAACCCGGAGAGCGCGGGAUUGUCAGUCAGUCAGCCAUCU